AUGGCUAAUAUUGAUAUCAAACUGAAAAAAGCGCACCCUUCGAAAUGUAGUACAAUAUGGGUGCUUAUAAUCUUACAUUUUCUUCUUUUAGCAACAGCAGCCUUUACGCCAUCUGCAGCAGUAACCGAUGUUUUUGAGAACGAGACGACUACGCAUAUCUUUGACACUUAUAAUUUCUUCGUUCAUCCCCACUGGUACCAGUUUCCCCUGGUCUCUGACACGUGGCAUUAUGCCAUUGGUGUUUUCAUCUCAAUUGUCGGCAUCGUUGGAAUAUUUGGAAACGCCACUGUCAUUUAUAUUUUCAGCACCACCAAAAAUCUGAAGACGCCAUCCAAUAUGUUUAUUGUAAAUUUGGCACUGAGCGACCUGAUAUUUUCCUUGGUGAUGGGGUUUCCUCUUUUAACCAUUUCUUCAUUUAACAAAAAAUGGAUAUGGGGAAAUACAGCCUGUGAGCUCUAUGGACUUAUUGGUGGUAUUUUUGGUCUGAUGUCCAUAACCACGCUCUCUGCCAUCAGCGUCGAUCGUUACUAUGCCAUUGCACAUCCCCUCCAAGCUGCCCAUAAUAUGACAAGGAGAAAAGCUUUCACCAUGAUUUGCUUGGUCUGGGUAUGGUCUCUAUGUGCCUCACUGCCACCUCUCUUUGGCUGGGGUGGUUACGUGGCGGAGGGAUUUCAAACGUCCUGCACCUUCGACUACCUCACCACAACUCCAAGUAACAGAACAUACAUAUUUUUCCUGUAUCUCUUUGGCUUUGCCGCUCCUGUAUUUGUAAUUGCAAUGUCAUAUAUUUUGAUCCUCCGAGCUUUGAGAAAACACGAACAAAAAAUGCAGAAAAUGGCAGCCAAAAUGAAGGUUGAUGAUAUUAAAGCAAAUCAAGAGAAAACCAAAGCAGAGGUGAAAAUUGCCAAGAUCGCCAUUAUGAUUGUGGCCUUGUUCCUGUUGUCAUGGAGUCCAUAUGCUACUGUGGCUUUGAUUGGUCAAUUUGGUCCAACAGAGUGGGUCACUCCUUUCCUCUCUGAGCUGCCCGUCAUGUUGGCAAAGGCUAGCGCUAUGCACAAUCCUAUCGUCUAUGCUCUGAGCCAUCCUAAAUUCAGAGAGGCUUUGUACAACAAAGCCCCAGGAAUUUUCAGUUGCUGCAAACCUCCAGGAAAGUCAACACCCUCAGCAUCAAGAGCAACAAAUGUAAGCCGAACCAUGAGCGGACUAAGUGACACUGUGGGAGGUGGCGCCAGUGACGUCUCUAGCUGUAUCAGUAAUAUUAGUGACGUACACGACAACGCCAUCCAAAUGCGCAGAACCGGAAAAGGCCCAGACAAUCAAGGCCCAGACAACAAUUCGACACAGUUGAUUCAGAGUCUAGUACAAGCACUUGUUGGCGUCACAAACCAGCAGAAUAGGCAAGUGGUAUAUCUUCCAAGCGAAACUGCAAAGAGUUCACAAAGUGCUCAGGAUGCGGAUCAAAAUGGCGUCUUCAUGGUCGACAACGGAGGGCAGAAGAUCGACAUAAAAACUUAUUUACAAGAAAUAAUGGCUGCUGAAAAGAUUGCAGCAGCAGUAGAUGAAUCCAAGAAAGAUAAUGUGGAGAUCAAAGACGAGACGAACGCAUCUAACGAGAAAGGAGCGGAGAAAAUAGCAACUCAAGCAGUGUAAACAGCUCGAGUAACAGUAAAUACAAGUUUACCUUCAGGUACAACGUGCGUAAUGUUGAAACUGAAUACUCUAAAAAAAAAUCAACAAUGAAGUAUAAAUAAUGAACUAAUUUCAACGUGUUUUCAAAACUUUUUUCUCUUGAGAAAAAAAACUCAUAUUUUAUUAUCAUUUCAAUUUGACUGAAAUAUAUUGAAAGAUUUUGACCCGUAUCUUACACUUCUUUUCAUAUAUUCUAGUGUAUAACAAUAUACAACGACUUAUAAGUUUUGUUAUUAGCGUCCAUCUUACUGGUUUCACAAUGGUACUAUUUGUAUUUGUUACGUCAUGAAGCUUGAUUGACUGUAUCAUUUUGUCGCCGUGAAUGUUGAUACGCUUGUAAAAAAUGUUUUAAUUUGUGCUUUUAAUAUUUUUCAUCUACC